UAAGAUACGUUAAAGCCAACUGUUGCAAAAAAGUUAAGGCAAAUUAAAAACAAAAAAAUAAUAAAAAUUUAUAAUUAAAAGUUUAUUCCAAAAGAGCUUUUCAAAUACCUCAAACAUCUAUAAUGGCCAACGAGAGUGGAGAUGUGGUUUUAGUUACUGGUGGCAGCGGUUUUAUUGGCCAGCACAUUAUACGCCUAUUGUUUGAGAACAAAUCUGAGUUAAAUAUCCGAGAAAUUCGAAGUGUGGAUUUGAAAACCUACAAAAAUACCAUCGAUGAUGAGCAACGUGAUUUACGCACCUUUGUUGGAGAUCUAUGCGAACCAGAGUCGGUCGUAGAUGCAUUCAAGGGUGCUGACAGUGUGUUCCACUGUGCUGGAAUGAUGAGUUUACAAUUUCCCCCAAAUUAUGGCAAACUUAAUCGCAAUAAUAUUGAAGGCACCCAAUCGGUGGUGGAUCUUUGUGUUAAACACAAUGUAAAGCAUCUCGUUUACACCAGUUGUGGUUCGGUGUGUUUUGUGCCAUUCAAGGGAACCCACACGGCAGUCAUCAUCAAUCAAACGGAAACAAAAGCCCCCACACCGGUGUACAAGGAUCAGGACCAUAUGGAAUUUGAUCGACAAUUCAUUUUACGCGGUUAUUCCUCAUCCAAGUUGAGGGCCGAGCAAAUUGUUUUAGCCGCCCAUGGAAGGGCUCUUAGCAAUGGCAACGGCACACUGGUGACUACCGCUAUACGUCCUCCCUUGACCUACGGUGAGGGUGACAACUUCUUUGUCACCGAUAUGUUAAAAUACCUGAGUAGUCACUCAUUUGUGUAUCCUCGCAUAGCUGGUGUUGGUGGCAAGCAGCAGUUAUGCUAUGCCGGAAACGUUGCCUGGGGUCAUAUAUGUGCCUAUAAAUCUUUGAAAUCUGCUCCCAGAGCUAUUGGCGGUCUACCUGUUUUUAUUACCGAUGAGACCUCGAUUGCCGAUACCUCCAGAUUUCUGCAGAAAAUCGGCGCCUCAAGCGAGAAAUUCAAGGUCCGUCAAUCGUCAUGGUACAUUCCACGAGCUAUCUUUCAAUUCUUUGCCAUGCUGCUGGAACUGUUGAUCAUUGUUUUGGAGCCGGUGAAGAAAAUCACUAUGAAGUAUUCCCUUCGCGCUCUCUGUGCGUAUGCAUCCUCCAUGAUUUUCUUCAAUCGCCUUAGGGCAGCCAUUCAUAUUGACUAUGUGCCGCUGAUCGAGGAGCAAACAGCCAUUAAGAAGAGUGUCCAAUGGUACAUCAAGUGGUAUGAGCAAAAUAUACCUCAACGAAACGGGGGUGGGGCCAAACGCAAAAAUCAUUAGCCACUGAUCGAGCAGAGGGACAUUAUAGAUCUAAGCUAGAUUAAGUUGUAGUUAUGGCCAAAUGUUAUCAUUGGUGUUUGUUUUGUUAUACCAAACUUUGUUUAUUGCCGACAUAAUAAAAUCAUUCGUGACUCUGUCUCUCAUUA